UACCCUACUCGGAGGGGUUGGGCGCCAAACAGAUGGCGUGGGCCGUCCACUGCGGUGUAGUCGGCGCUGUCAUCGCGCCGUUGUGUCUAUUGGGCGGACCUCUCAUACUGCGAGCGGCCUGUUAUACCGCGGGCAUUGUGGGCAGUCUGUCAGCCGUAGCCGCCUGUGCGCCGAGCGAUAGGUUUCUCAAUAUGGGUGGACCCCUGGCCAUAGGGUUGGGCGUAGUGUUUGCCUCAUCGCUGGGUUCGAUGUUUUUGCCGCCGACCACGGCGUUGGGCGCCGGCCUGUUCUCGUUGAGCAUCUACGGAGGGCUCGUACUGUUCAGCGCUUUCCUGUUGUACGACACGCAGAGGAUUGUGAGGAAAGCUGAGACGCAUCCGGUCUACGGGGACAGACCUUUCGACCCCAUCAACGCGUUA